AUGUCCGGUUAUCCUGGCGGUCAUUACCCUGGCCAGCACGGCGGCUACCCUGGUCAGCACGGUGGACAGCACGGUGGCUACGGCGGCGAUGGGUACGGGCGCCCUCCUCCUGGACCACCUCCUCCAGGUCAAUGGGGACAGCAAGGAGGAUACGGUGGAUAUGGUGGUGGCCCUCCCCCUCAGGGACCUCCUCCCUCACAAUACGGCCAAGGUCAAUAUUCGCAGCCUCCCCAGCAACAUGGCUACGGGCACCACCAGCCCCCGAACUACCCCCCACCACAGAACCUCGAUCAAUACGGCUAUCAGAACAACCAGGGCGGCUACAGCCAGGGCGGAUACAGCCAGGGACGCUCCAGCGCUCCCGCUCCUCCCCAUAACGCUCAGCAGUUCGGACACGGCGCACCCUCCAACUACACAUUCCAGUACUCCCACUGCACGGGAAAGAGAAAGGCCCUUCUGAUCGGUAUCAACUACUUUGGACAAGAUGGCGAACUCCGUGGAUGCAUCAACGACACCAAGAACGUCUCGAGCUUCCUCAUGGAACGCUACAACUACAAGCGCGAGGACAUGAUCAUCUUGACCGAUGAUGCCCAAGACCAGGUCCUGCAGCCCACUGCCAACAACAUUCGCCGCGCAAUGGGUUGGCUUGUGGCUGGCGCACAGCCAGACGACGCGCUUUUCUUGCACUACAGUGGACACGGCGGCCAGACAGCCGAUCUCGAUGGAGAUGAAGAGGACGGAACCGAUGAGGUCAUUUAUCCUGUCGACUACAAGAGUGCUGGUCACAUCGUGGACGAUGAGAUUCACCACCUAGUGGUCAAGCCCCUUCAGGCUGGUGUGCGAUUAACCGCCAUUUUCGACUCCUGCCACUCGGGUUCCGUCAUGGACCUGCCUUACAUGUACAGCACCAAGGGUGUUCUCAAGGAGCCCAAUCUGGCCGCCGAAGCCGGACAAGGUCUCUUAUCCGCCAUCGGCUCUUACGCCCGCGGCGACAUGGGUGGUGUGGCUUCUUCCAUCCUCGGCUUUGCAAAGAAGGCGUACAAGGGCGACGAUGCCUACAACAAGACCAAGGACACCCGAACGUCUCCGGCUGACGUCAUCAUGUGGUCUGGAUCCAAAGACGAUCAGACAUCUGCAGAUGCAACGAUCGCGCAGCAGGCUACUGGCGCCAUGAGCUGGGCCUUUAUCACUGCCCUUAAGAAAAAUCCUCAACAGAGCUAUGUCGAGCUCUUGAACAGUAUUCGUGAUGUGCUGGAGACCAAGUACUCCCAAAAGCCGCAAUUGAGCUGCAGUCAUCCUUUGGAUACUAGCAUUCUAUUUGUCAUGUGA